AUGACAGGUCCUAGUAGUAGAGCGUCGGUUUCCACAGGCAUGAAAUUAUGGCCUAGUUGGCGAAAAUGUGGUAGACUCAGUCGCACCUAUACAAUCUCUACCAUCUCAGAGUCCAAAGGAGUAAAGGGCACCCCACCGCCAAAUAUUCCAAAAUAUCCCUCGAGCCAACCCCCUUCCCACAAACCUCCUGAGUUCCGAAAAUCACAGUUAUUGCGCCAAUACGCUUCUCUACUGCGCUCUGCCCCCAUGAUGCUUCUGUUCCAGCACAACAAUCUCAAAGCUGGUGAAUGGCUUGCUCUACGCCGCGAGCUUACAAAGGCCUUUAGGAAGACGGACCAGUCAUUACUUGCUGCCGAAAACACAUCACAGCAUGCCUUGGCAGAUAGCAUUAAAAUCCAGACGGUCCAAGGCGGGAUUUUUGGUGCAGCAUUGCGGGUGGUGGAGUAUUAUCGUCCAAACCCUUCGGCUCCACUAGCUUUUGGCUCGUCAACUCCUUCUUCAUCCGAGUCACGCAUAUGCCAAAAAAGUGAUGAAUUCACGCAUGUCCUCUCUAAAGCUGCACAUGAGGCUGCUUCCCGUAAAAUGACUACUCACGGACUAACGCCUCUCUUAUCUGGACCUCUCUGUAUUCUAUCCUUCCCGGCUGUCUCGCCGGAGCAUCUCAAGCAGGCUAUUUCGAUUCUCCACCCGAGUCCACCAAACUUCCCCGCGCCCAGGAGAAGGGAAAAUCCUGGGUGGCACGAUCCUGCUGUGCAAGCUGGUGUCCAAAAACUAGUACUACUUGGCGGGCGUAUCGAAAAUCGGGUUCUUGACAUCGAAGGUACGAAGACGGUGGGUGGCAUCAUUGGUGGAUUGGACGGUUUGCGUGGUCAACUAGUGUCAACACUACAGUGCGCCGGAGUUAGCGUCGCUAGCACUCUAGAAAAUACUGGAAAGAGCAUCUACUUUACCUUGGAGGGAAGACGAAAUAUACUAGAGGACGAGGCAAAGACCGCCUCGGGGGAUGAAUCAAGCUCGAAAAUCAAUUAG